UAAUUAUGUCGUCAAACUCCAACGACAUCGAAGACCAAUACACCACAGUUUGGGCAGACCCCAUCGACCGGCUAGCCCUCCCAUACGCCUGGCGGAAGGGCAUUCGAUUUUGGACCGGCAAUAGACGUUGCUACAAAAUAACAUCUGGUCCCAUUGACGAAUAUCUCAUCAUUGGAGGUGGCUACGUCGACUAUGCCGCUCUCGAACAAGCAAAUAGGGCUCAUGAUCAAGAAAACCGUGAUCGCGCCCGACUAGAUAUGCACCUUCACACAGGCACUUCGAUCCACGAGAACGGAUGGUCAUAUUCUCCUCGAGGCGAGAAAUUGCGUAUGAGCUUGUAUCACAAGUUGAUGUAUGAGGCUCGAUUGGAGGAGGUGCAGAGGAGAAUGGUGGUCUUGAAAGCAGAGCUAAAGGGGAAACAUGAUGCGUGGAAGCGAGUUGCACUGAAGGGAUUCGAGGAAGAUGUUCCUCGGCUGCAGUCGAUGUUGAGGAUGGUCGCUAGGUUGAAUGCAAUGCUGCUUGAGACCAAUGCCGGCUGGAACUGGAAAGUUGCGAUUCCUGCCCAAAAGAUGCUUCGAGUACGACAAGAUGAUCUUGCUGGACGGUUCAGCAAGACCUUUGCCGAGUUGGGCUUGGAUGAUGCUCCACUUCGUCGUAGAGCUGCUGGUUUGCCUUGAGCGGCGGACACAUAUGCAUGAGUUGUGACAGAUAGGAGACAGGUUCAAGAAUAGUCUGAUACAUUGAUUCAGAAUCAGAAUGGAAAGUCGGCUUGAUUUGAUCUCGAUACAAAUAAGUUUGUCUCUGAAUGCAUGCAUAAUACUGUCUUAAACAUGCAACAAU